AUGGGUAUGGACGAUACUAGACCCGUAAAGAAGUUCAAAAACUCAGAAACGCCUCUGGAAGAAGAACGGGUAAAACUAGAAGCGAAAGUCAUAGAGCUCGACGAUCUUAUCAAGGCACACCUUGACUGUAUGGCUGACCUAACGAACCGAAGCGUGUUGGUCAAGCGCCAGUUGAAUGCCCAAGUAGCGUUCGCCCGUCUUCCAAUCGAGGUCGUAACAAUCAUCUUCCACCUCGCUUGCAGCGCGGAUUAUGAGCCUUUUUCUCCGCUGCGCAUUGGGAGCAUCUGUCACCACUGGCGCACCAUAGCUUGGUCUGCAUCUGAACUCUGGAGCUCCGUUACGGUGGGCUUGGAAGUCUCAAGGGAGGCUACGAAAAAGCAGGAAGACCUCCUCAGUGGUUGGCUAUUGCGGGCAAGGAAACGACCAUUGUCCAUCACUAUCGCAAUUCGCGAAGAACACGACCCGCGGUGGGAUGAUCCCCCAGCUGAUAACUCGGUCCUCUCUUUGUUGCUUGCGCACUCCGGACAAUGGCGCUCUGCUGAUAUCGACAUUCCAAGCACAUUGUUGCACCUUCUGCCCGACUGGCUUAACGCGCCUAUUCUUGCACGUCUCACGCUUAGAUGCGAUCUCGAAAGUUACUCAGACUCUCCAGUAAUUGUGCAUGCACCUCGGCUUCAUUCGCUCAUUCUGGUUGGUUUAUAUCAAAUGCAGCCAGCGACGCUUCCCUGGGACCAGGUGAGAACCCUUCAUAUCGAAGGAUAUGGCAUGCAGGACUUCCUGGACACUCUCAAGCGAUGCUCAAGCCUUGUGAAUCUCGUGCUGAACGAGCAAGACUGUAUAGAACACGAGCCUACUACUACACCGCUUACGGUCGUCAAGCUCGACAGCCUUAAAUCGCUUCAUGUCAAUGCUCUCGACGAAAACUGUUUGAUGUUGGACAGGCUAUCUACACCCCACCUCGAGGACUUGGACGUGUUUUUCCCUGAGAUCAGCCAAGGUUCUUUCAAGUCCUUCCGUACCCUCGUCUUCCGCUCGAGCUGUGCGGAAACUAUAACGCGCUUCUCCUUCAUCGGCUACAUAUUCUCGGAGGAAGAAAUGGUGUCGUUUCUUUUGGGAUUACCAUGUCUUUCCGAGCUGGUUCUGUACAACUCCAAGCACGCCCCUCCGUUCUCCACAACAUUCAUUGAUGCGCUACAUUCACGCGACUCGGAGAGUUUCCUUCUGCCAAACCUCAAGCGCAUCCACUACACCGGCCCAAUCACGCUCGAUAGUGAUAAAUUAUUGGCUAUGCUCGAUGCAAGAUAUACCAAUGCCAGUAAAGUUGCUAAACUCGAAGCGGUCUCAAUCCACAGCUACGAUCAAGUUGUCAAGAAAAUUUCGGACUUACCCCAUGUGCGGAUGUUGCGGGCACAAGGACUGGUGGUGGAUGUUGAGUAG